UCCAUUUGGGAAUUUAAUUAAUUUAUUCAUAUGAAUGGGCAACGCUAACAGCGUGAGAUGCUGGGUGGCCUGUGUUCUUCCCUGCGGGGCGCUCGAUCUCAUCCGGAUCGUCCAUCUCAACGGCUCCAUAGACGAGCUCACAGCCAGCCGCCGCAUCACCGCUGCCGACGUCCUCAACACCAACCCCAACCAUGUCCUCACCAAGCCCGCCGCCGCCGCCGCCACCCCCCACGGCCGCCGCCGCCGCCGCAUUCUCAUCCUCUCCCCCGACGCCGAGCUCAAGCGUGGAUCCGUAUAUUUCUUGAUCCCCGCCUCCUCACUGCCUACAGGAAAGGCCGACAAAAUUCUCAAGAAAAACUCGCCAGAAAAAUAUCCGGUGGCCUCCCGCCGGCGGGGACGGCGUGUACGGAGCCAAAGCGAUGCUGGGCUGUGGCUGCCGAAGCUCGACAGUAUUUCUGAAGAUAUUUUUAUUACUUAAAUAUGAAUUAUAUUACGAACUCAAAAAAUUGUGCUUUUUUCGAGAUAAGUUUAUGGAAAGAAAUAUGCAAAUACCCUUUCUUCUUCUAUAAAUUAAAUAUUGCUUUGAGAAAAUGAAAUAUAGUAUAAUAUAAUGCACAGAAGGGGAUUAAUUGCAUAUUUGUUUUAAAUAAUUUUAUG